AUGCCUAAAUUAACUCGUCGUUUGACAAAUGUUACUAUUCACGUCAAUGACGAUAAGGACAAUUUGGAAACUGUUACUACUUCUAGUGUUCCUUCCAGUACAUCCAAACACGUCAAGUUAGAGGCAGAAGCUUUGAAAGAAUGGAAGCAGCACAUUAAGCCAAAAGCCAACGAUACUGAGUCUAUCAAGAAAGACAUUGUUCAACAUACGGUCGAGACUUUGGGCCGUAGUCCUUAUAAUUUAGACUCAAUGGCUGUCUAUAAAGCUGCUGCUUAUUCUGUGCGGGAUCGUCUAUUAGAAGAUUGGAAUGCUACUCAAGAAGCUGUUCAUAAUGCGAACCCUAAGCGCUGUUAUUAUCUGUCUAUGGAGUUCUUGAUUGGUCGCGCUCUUGAUAACGCAUUGCAUUGUUUGGAAGUCAAGGAUGCUUAUAAAGAUAGUAUCAAGGACUUGGGAUUCUCUAUUGAGGACUUGUUGGAACAAGAACGCGAUGCUGCUUUGGGAAAUGGAGGUUUGGGUCGUUUGGCUGCAUGCUAUAUGGAUGGUGCUGCUACUCUUAACUAUCCUAUUUGGGGUUAUGGCUUACGCUAUCAAUACGGUAUCUUUAAACAAUUGAUUAACAGUGAAGGCUACCAGACCGAAAUGCCUGAUUACUGGCUUAGUUCAGAUGGUAAUCCUUGGGAAUUCCCUCGUAGUGAUAUUCGUUACGAAGUUCAAUUCUAUGGUUAUGUUGCCACCAAGGUGAAUGAAAAGGGAGAGUCGCGUUUAUCUUGGGAAGGCGGUGAACGCGUACAGGCCAUGGCUUAUGAUGUUCCUAUUCCUGGUUUUGAUACCAAAAGUUGUGGUAACAUUCGUCUCUGGUCUUCCAAACCUCUCAAAACAUUUGAUUUUGCUUCUUUCAACGAUGGUGACUAUGAUCGUUCUGUGGCUGAUCAAAAGAACGCUGAAAACCUGACUUCCGUACUUUAUCCUAAUGAUAAUCACUUGGUGGGUAAGGAACUACGUCUGAAGCAAGAAUACUUUUUUGUGAGCGCUUCUCUUCAAGACAUCAUUCAUCGCUUCAAACGUUCCAACUGUGCUUGGAAAGAUUUCCCUGAUAAAGUGGCUGUUCAACUGAACGACACACACCCAGUCUUGGGUAUUCCAGAGCUUCAAAGAUUGCUUGUGGAUGUAGAAGGACUGCAAUAUGACGAUGCAUGGGACAUUGUCACAAAGUGCUUCAGUUUCACUAACCACACUGUUCUUCCUGAAGCCCUUGAACGCUGGUCUGUUCCUCUGAUGGAAAAAGUACUUCCUCGUCAUAUGCAAAUUAUUUACGAUAUCAACUUGUUCUUUUUGCAAAAGGUCGAGAAAAUGUAUCCUAAUGAUCGUGGUUUGUUGAACCGUGUCUCUAUUAUUGAAGAAUCCAAUCCUCAACAAGUCCGUAUGGCCUACCUUGCUGUUGUUGGUUCUCACAAGGUCAAUGGUGUAGCUGCUCUUCAUUCUGAACUGGUCAAGUCCCAAUUGUUCCCUGACUUUAUCAAGUAUUAUGGUCCUGACAAGUUUAUCAAUAUCACCAACGGUAUUACUCCUCGUCGUUGGCUUUAUCAGGCCAAUCCUGGUCUGCGUGAUUUGAUCACUGAGACAUUAGGAUCUAAGCGUUGGGCAACCCAUCUUGAUGAACUUCAAGAACUGAAGAAGUACGCAGAAGACCCUGAAUUCCAAAAGAAAUGGAUGAAUGUCAAAUUGGACAACAAGAAGCGUCUUGCUAGCUACAUCAGGUCUCAUUUGGGUAUUGAUGUGGAUCCUCAUGCUUUGUUUGAUAUUCAAGUGAAGCGUAUUCAUGAAUAUAAGCGACAAUUCUUGAAUAUCCUCGGUGUUAUUUACCGCUACAAGAAUAUCUUGUUGCUCAGUCCUGAAGAACGCAAGGAACUGACACCUCGUAUCUUUAUCUUUGCAGGAAAAGCAGCACCAGGCUAUUAUAUUGCAAAGAUGGUGAUCAAGUUGAUCAAUACAGUAGCCCAAGUCAUCAACAAUGAUAGCUCCAUUGAUGAUCUUCUUAAAGUUGUCUAUAUUCCUGAUUACAAUGUCUCACUUGCUGAAAUUAUCACACCUGCCUCAGAUAUCUCUCAGCAUAUCUCUACCGCUGGCACUGAAGCCUCAGGUACUUCCAACAUGAAGUUUGUUCUUAAUGGUGGCUUAAUUCUCGGUACUGUUGAUGGUGCUAAUAUUGAAAUUCGAGAUGAAGUUGGUCAAGACAACAUCUUUAUGUUUGGUACUUUGGCUGAUAAAGUAGAAGACAUUCGCCAUCAACAGAAAUACCAUGGCGUUGAGAUUGAUCCUAAUCUUAAUGUUGUUCUUCAGUCCAUUCAGUCUGGUGAAUUUGGUGAUCCUAGUAUUUUUGGCCCUCUUAUCAACACUUUAACUUAUGGCGGUGAUUAUUACUUGAUUUCUGCUGAUUUUGAAAAAUAUUUGGAUACCCAUGAUCUUGUUGAUGCUGCUUAUAAAGAUAAGGCAAACUGGGCCAAGAAGUCUAUUCUUUGUACUGCUGGUAUGGGAUUCUUCUCUUCUGACCGUGCUACUAAAGAGUAUGCUGAUAAGAUUUGGCAUCUUGAACCUGUCUCUAUUGAAUAA